AUGCCGCUGUCUUCACACCUAUUGUUAUUUAAUUGUGUCUUCAUCGCACCGUCUCAGAAGAGCGAUGUAUGGAGGUUCUUUGAUAAAACUGAAGAAAAUAAAAAUUCAGCAAAAUGUAGACUCUGUCAAAAAUUUAUAAAAUCUUGUGGCAACACAACUAAUUUAAUUGGUCAUUUGAAAAAUAUACAUAAGGCUGCUUAUCAAGAGUUCAGUAAUGAAUGUUCGAAAAAAAAUGAUAUUCAGAGCAACACCGUUAAGAAAAAUACACACUUAUCAUUAGAUCCUAAUAUCUCUGAUCCACUCCCAUCAACGAGCUCCGCUGGCAUAAUGACAAUGGAACUGACUAGUAAUGCUGAAAAAAAAUGUGACUCUUCAAAAGACGAUGUAUGUGUUUCUAUUCCUCCAGCUCCAAAACGUCAGAAAUCUAUUGUGACAAGUUUUCAAGAUAUAUACGCUUUUUCAGAGAGAGGCGAUAAAACGUUAAGAAUAAACAACGCCCUAAUAUAUAUGAUAUGUAAAGACAACCAACCAUUUACAAUUGUUGAAAAUGAAGGCUUUGCCAGUUUGAUUAAAGUUCUUGCGCCACAUUAUAAACUUCCUAGUAAAACAACGUUGACACGAUGGGUUGAUGAUAAAUACGCAGCAUUAUCAACAGUCUUCAAAGCUAAGUUGGCAAAUAUUGUACAUGUUACUCUUACUACUGACAUGUGGUCUGAAACAAUGAGUAUGAGAAGUUUUUUAGGAAUAACAGCCCACUUUGGUGAAGGUAAUGAUAUUUUUGCAAUAACUCUUGGAGUUUACGAGUCAAACGAUCGUCAUACUUCAGAACACAUAUCUGACAUGCUGUUGAACACUUGUACUGAAUGGAAUAUAGAUAAUGACAAAGUUUCAGCUGUAGUCACAGACAACGCAGCUAACAUGGUAAAAGCUGUUGAUUUAGCUUUUGGAAAAAAGCAUAUACCAUGUUUUGCUCACACGUUGAAUUUGGUUGCACAAAAUGCUAUACAGCAGUGUGCUGAUCUGCGAAACUUAAUAACCAAACUAAAAGAAAUAGUGACUUGGUUCAAACAAAGCAAUGUAGCUAGUAAUGAGCUACGUAAAGCAACCGAGAAAGAAACAAAAUUAAUCCAAGAGGUCCCAACGAGAUGGAACAGUAGUUAUUACAUGAUCGAGCGAUUUUUGGAGCUUCGCACCGUCGUCAAUAAUAUAAUAAUUCGUCAUAAAAAUGCACCACCGAUGCUAACUGCGUCAGAAUUAUCUGUUCUUUCUUCGGUUUUACAAAUCCUGCGACCGAUUGAAGCUGCAACUAAGGAAGUAUCAGGUGACAAGUACUGCACUAGCAGUAAAGUAAUACCCCUUAUUCAUUGUCUUCUUUUAAAAGUUAAACCUCUUAAAGUCGAAGAAUCUCUUGCCCAAGAAUUGCAGGCAUUGGUCUUGAAAGAGAUUGAUAAGAGAAUGGGCGCUAUAGAGAGAGUAACACCUUUCGCUGUAGCCACAAUCUUGGACCCCAGGUUUAAGAAAAUGCAUUUCACAGACCCGCUCACUUGCUCUACAGCUGUUUCAAAAAUCAAGGAAAUGAUGAAAAGUAGAGUACAAAACGAGAUCGUGGAAUCUGAUUCUUCAGAUAAUUCUGAAAAACCAGAAAAAAAAUUUUCACUGUGGGAUGAUCACCACAAAUUAGUUCAUAAGAGCUGGAAAACGACAAAUUUGGUCAUUGUCAUUUGGAAUGAUCUUAAGAUUCAGCUUCCUAAACUACAUUCAAUUGCAUACAAAUACUUGACUAUGGUAGGCACUUCAGUCCCAUCUGAACGUUUGUUUUCUAAAGCAGCACAAGUCGUCAAUCAACAAAGAAAUAGGCUGAAAGGCAAACGUUUAAAUAAACUGUUGUUUUUACAAAGUCUUCCAAAAGAACACUGGAAAUAGGAUAAAACUAACUUAUAAAAAUAAAUGCAAUAUU